AUGAGCAGUGAAUGUUUGUUACCUUAUUACACGGCCCGCAGCUACCGUUCAAUGGGUGUGUUCAAUACCUCCAUGGGGGACCUGCAGCGACAACUGUACAAGGGAGGAGAGUAUGACAUUUUCAAGUAUGCACCAAUGUUUGAGAGUGACUUUAUCCAGAUUAGCAAGAAAGGAGAGAUGAUUGAUGUCCACAACCGUGUCCGAAUGGUGACGGUGGGCAUCGCGUCCACCAGCCCCAUCCUCCCGCUACCUGACGUCAUGCUGCUGGCCCGACCAACUAAAGUCUGUGAUGAGCAUGGCAGACAUGCCCGGCCCACCAAGGGGAGACGUCGCAAGCCUGCGAAGGUCCUAGAGCUCACCAGGCUGCUGCCCUUGAAGUUUGUCAAGAUCUCCAUCCACAAUCGCGAGAAACAGCAGCUGCGCCUGAAGCUGGCUACCGGCCGUACUUUUUAUCUGCAGCUCUGUCCCUCUUCAGAUGCACGAGAAGACCUAUUUUGCUAUUGGGAAAAACUGGUCUAUCUCCUGAGACCACCAGUGGAGAGUUGCAGCAGUACCCCAACACAACGAACUGGGGACACGAUGACCACAGAGGAUGACAAAAGCUUGGUGAUGUCAGAACUCCAAGGAGAGGGAGAUCAGAAUAAUGUGAGCCUUCACAAGCUUCGUGAUGUCUCCAGAGCCACUUCUUCUGGUUAUGCUGGGGGAGAGAGAAUGCCUGGUUCAGCUUCCAUCAGCAAAACUCCAGGGACUGCCCAAGGAGCAGCAAGGGGGCCAGCCACAAGCCUGGCAGUGGCAGGAACGGCUACAAGCCCUACAGCAAACGUUGCAGUAGCAGGAGCAGGAGCAAGUCCUACAGCAGGUGCUUUGAGCAUAGCAGCAACCAAGAAUGUGGGCGCAGGCCAGGCAGGCUCGGCCCUGGCUGGAGCCACCACCAAGGGUGCAGAAGAAAGUGGAUCCGGCAAGGCCAUGGCAGGUGCUGCCAACGUAUCCUCAGAGAGUACGAAUGUGAUCUUGGUGGGUGCUGCCAGCUCAUCCUCCUUAGGCAGUUCCAUUGCCACAGCGGGGGCUGCCAGUGUCUCCCCAGCGAGCAGCAUUGUGUUUGCAGGCACGGUGACGACCACAAGUCCUGCCACAGAAAGAGCUAAAUGCCCAGUAACAGGACCCCUCGUCUCAACCCUGAAGAGUGAAGGCUACAUGAGUGAACGGGACGGAAGCCAGAAGGUCUCCCAGCCCGCAGCUGAGGCUCAGAAGGAAAAAAAAGAAAAGAGAGAAAAGAAGGACAGAGGUCCCGCGAGGAAGAGCUCCCAUCGCCACAGGACAGGAGGGGGCAAGUCGUCCCGGAAAUCAUCCUCCCGCAGGACAUCAUCUGGCCAUCAAAGCACAAGAGAUGACAAAAAAGGAAAGGGGCAGAGCAGCGUAAAGGGCAGACGCAGCUCUCACAAGAGUGCCAGCCACAGCGCCACCGCAAAGGAGGCGAGGACAGCUCACAAGCCGGGGAAGAGCAGAUCUGGCAGCUCGGCUCAUUUAAGUAAGCAAUCCAGUAUGAUUGGCUCUUUCUUCAGGAGCUUCAGAGUCAUUCGUGGGUCAAAAACGGAGGUCUCAUCACACAGCAGAGAGAUGGACUUCGUGGCUAAGAAGGUAGGGAAGCACAACAUAGAGGCCAAGGUAGAGAAAGUCCCCGGUGGCCAGGAUCUGCAGAUCUGUGAGACUGUGACAUCGGAGAUGAUGGAAACAAUCUUCAUAGAAAACAAACCCGUUUAA